AUGUUCUCGAGGCGUCUUUUUGUCUUUUCUGUUUUUUACUGGCCCGUCUUUGCUACACCAACUGCUAAUGAUUGGAAAAAUUUGGCUGAUUCACUCGACGGACGACUUCAUACGACUCUCCCUUUUGCAGCUUCGUGCUUCUCGACUGUAAAUGGGGUACCAGACACACCCAGCGAGAUCGAAUGCGCUGAAGUUCAGGCUGAUUAUGCCAAUGCGACCGUCCGAUCCUCACAUUUCAGCGCGUAUAUGAUGCCGCAAUGGGAGACCUGUCAACGAACCUCCGAGAGAUGCCUACUCGAUCCUUCCAAUACCAGCAACCCGGCUGCCUUCGAAGGGAGUGACUGUCUUCAAGGAAGCGUGCCUGCACAUUAUAUUGAUGUACAAAGUGCUGAAGAUGUUCGAAAAGCCCUUGAAUUUUCCAAAGCCACGGGCAUACCCUUGUCUAUUAAAGCAUCUGGUCAUGAUUACAAGGGCAGGUCGAGCCUACGCAGGCUCACUUUCAGUUAUGGGUUUGUCAUAUUUUUUGAUCAUUUGAAAUAUUCGGCAGAUUUCGUCCCGGAAGGAGGAAACAAGAGUUAUCGGGCUAUAACCAUGGGGGCCGGUGUACCAUUUCAGGAUGUUUAUGAGUUUGCUGACGCAAAUAACGUCACCAUCAUCGGUGCCUACCAUCAAACGGUAACACCCAGCGGCGGAUGGGUUAUGGCAAGUAACUCGAGACUUGAUCAGAUAACUUAUACACUGAUUUACGCCAUUCAGGGCGGCGGCCAUAGUGUCCUUACGCCUGUUUACGGCUUUGGCGUAGACCGUGUGCUUCAAUUCAAGAUUGUUACGCCUGAUGGAAAGUUUCGAGUUGCGAAUGAAUUCCAACACCCUGAUCUCUUCUGGGCGCUUCGAGGUGGGGGUGGAUCGACUUUUGGCGUCGUUCUAGAGUCUACCAUGCUCGUACAGCCACAGAAUGAGUCUCAUAGUGCUAGCGCUGCCAUAUCAUUUCCGCAAACAGCUGAGAAUGGUGUGCCCUUUCUGAAACUCCUCGUGGACCAUACAUACAGAUGGGGAACUGAAGGGUGGGGUGGCCAUAUGAGGUCUAACGGCAUAAUCAAUGUCAAUCCUCUACUAACUCUGGAGGAGGCGCAGGUAUCUGUUCAGCCCAUCGUCGAUUAUGCUCUUGCGCAAAACGGAACAGCUGUAGUAGAAGAGCUUCCUUCUUGGAUGACGUUCUUCACAAAAUAUGUUUUAUCCGCUGAAGCUGCGAAGACUACUCUUGGAAGUCGCUUGAUACCUGCCGAAAAGUUUACCACUGACAGUGGCAAGGCUGAGUUACUCGACAUUCUAACUAGGAUGGUACAGCAGUUCUCGAUUAACCCUUAUAUCCGAGUGGUCGGAUCUCAAUUCUUGUACAAUUAUACCGAAGGAUCCACCAGUGUUACUCCAGCGUGGCGAAAUGCGCUGUGGCAUAUGUCGUUGUCUAGGACAUUUAGCUGGAACUCUACGGCUCAAGAUAUGCGAAGUCAAUACGAAUCCGUGAGCACCAUCACUCAAUCGUUGAGAGAUUUUUCGCCAGAAUCCGGUGUAUACCUCAAUGAGUGUGACGUAUAUGAGCCCAACCACGAAGAAGCCUUUUGGGGAUCCAACUGUUGGAUUCUCGUACUGACUCGAAAGUCAAGCGAUCCUUUCCAUUUGUUAGAUUGUUGGAUGUGCGUUGGAUGGAAGGGUUCCUUGGAUGAGCGCUAUUCGUGUUAUUUGUGA